AACGUGGCGGCCGAUGCGGUAUGGGUGUGUUUACAUCCCUGCAGCGCACAUCCGCAAUGCCGCUCCUGUCCAGCAUCCUCACACCAGCUGGCAGCUUCCCGGAAGCAGACGCCCGCAGUCCUACCCGCACACCGUCCAGAUGUGCGCAGCUGCAUCGGGGGGCAUCGUGCAGCGACAAGCCUACUCCAAAAGCUGCUGCUUUUUACAUUUCAGUUAUAUUAUUUUCGUUUGAGAUCGCUCCCUUUCAGCUGCAAUGCCACUGAAUGCAUGUGUGCCUCUGCGCCCCGUUUGAGGAGGAGGAGGUUCAUGCUCGUCCGUGUCAGCCGCUCCCGUUCGUGCGCACCGACGGAGCUCCAGCUCUGAAUGGGCGGCGCGCCUUCGCAUCAUCCGCAGUCACUCUAAAGCAGAUGCUGGGAGAAGAUGGCCGACAGGACCGAGAUGUUUUCGCUCUCCACGCCGCAUUGCCUCUCCCCUCCAGGCUGCAGGUCAGCCCAGGACAUCAGUCUGGAGGAGUUUGAUGACGAGGACCUUUCGGAGAUCACAGAUGACUGCGGCAUCGGGCUGAACUAUGACUCUGACCCCUAUGAGAAGGACUGUCUGAUUCUGGAGAAGAAUAGCCUUUCCCAUCCAAUCUGCUCAUUCCAGGACGACUUUCAAGAAUUUGAAAUGAUUGACGACGAUGACGAUGAUGAUGAAGGAAAUGACGAGGAUGAGGAUGACGAAGAGGAGGAGGACCUUGAGGCUCCUCCCUCUCCUUCGGCCUCCACGCCAGGUUCUCCCACUGCAGGCAUGCUGCAGAAGAGCCGACCCACCACCCUGAACCUGUUCUCUACUGUCACUCAGGAUUCCUUGAAUAACAACUGCGGUGUCUCUCCACGCAAGGCGAGCUGGCAGGAUUCUCUGGGCAGGCCUGCCUCGCACGGAUGUUUGUCCCCAAAUCAUUCAUGCCACGAGGACGGCACCCACGUCAAGGGCCAGUGUGCAGCCGUGCCUGGUGUGGGGUCCCAAAGCAAAGGUACACCCCCAAAUCAGUGUGCGGGAACUGGGCAUGCACGGUCGCCCCUCAAGCCCCUCCUGUACGACUUUGAGGGCAACAGACAGGAAAGGCCAGAAUACGGGUCAUUUGGUCAACAUAAAAUGUCCAGCGGCUCCGAUGCUGAAGAGGAGGUCGGCCCUGAUGCUGUCUGCCUAGACCCAGAUGUCUUGCCUCUUGAUGACCUGUCUCAGUGCUCUGAUGUUGGAGCUGAGCAGGACCUGAGCAGUGACUGCGCCGAAAGGUCACCAGGUCACUCUAGACAGGCUAAUGUCACGUACACGGUCACCAGUGAAUUAGCCAUGGACCCCGAUCUAGAAAACGACAUCACUUUAGACGUCACCAGCAGGUGCCUCUCCUCCACUGCGUUGGCUUACAGCCAGGCUGGAACUCCCCUGUCUGAUGAGGAGCUUGACAAAGAUUUUGAGGUAGACUUUACAAACAAAGUAGGCUAUGAUGGCUAUAAAGAGACAGAAGCUUCAUCCUACGUAGAAUUCCCUCCUAUUGAGCCUUGUGAACCAGCAUAUUUCUCCAGUUAUGACUCUUCCUCCAUCCCAUCUGAUGGAGACCUGGGAGUAGUCCCAUAUGAACAGGGUCUGGACCCUCAAAGCCACCCAUCCACUGGCUCCAGUCACACCAACUCCCCAUCGUCAGACCCGGGCAUUGCUGACAUGAAUAGCAAUGGCUGCAAAAUAUAUACUCCUUCGGGCCACAACAGCGAUAACCUCAGCUCCCCGGGAUCAGAGUCAGAUGUUGAUGGUGAGCUGGAGGUCGCUUUCCAUUAUGGGGGACCUCUGGUCAACCAUAUGAUCUCCUCCAUCUCUGAGACAGAGUUGGACCUGACCAGCGAGAGCAGCAGUGGUCGCUCGUCGCAUCUUACUAACUCCAUCGAGGAGGCCAGUUCUCUAACUUCUGACCAGGACCUGGAGGCAGAGCUGGAGCACGAAGGUGGACUUGUGGGUAUAAAGGCAUCCCUUCUCCUGGGGCAGCCUGAAGCUAUCAAAGAAGCCUCUCCAAGCUCUGAAUCAGAGAACAUGAGAAAUCUUGUUGAGGACCAGCUGCUGAUGGGCGUGGAAGGUGCUGAUGAUGUGCAUGCCAUUCAGGCAGACAAAAUGGAACCAGCUGCAGACCAGAGCGAGAAUAGUCCCUCCAGGCAGCUGGUCCUGGAAAUUGAGCCAGAUUGCUGCUUAGAUAGCAUCAAGAGGUCCUUCUACCUACCUGUAGCGUCCAAACUUAUGCCUGCUGUAGAUGACAGUGAGUGUGACUCUGAAUCCGAGUCAGAGGCUGACAUUAGCGAGAAUUCGGAUUCCCCCUGGCUCCUCAGUAACCUUGUCAACAAAAUGAUUUCUGAGGGUUCCUCCCCUAUCAGUUGCCCAGAGGAGUGCUUCACAAGUUCUGCCUCCAUCUCUGACGGAUCUCCUGCGACAGGCCUGGAGACAAAUGCUUUUAAUGAGCAUUUAGAAAGUCUGGAACAAGAAAUGAAAUCAAUUGGUGACAAGCUCGUAAAGAGCUCUAUGGAAACAAAGAAAAGCCCAAGUUUACACAUAGGGAUGGAUAUAGAGGAGCACCUUGCAGAAGAUAACAAGGAGGUAGCCUCUGAAUACAAUGUAAGCCCAGUGAGAAGCUACAGUUCGGGAGUGUCUCUGUAUCUGAGUAACCCGGCUAAUGACACAAUCACCCCCAUCUUCAUGGAUCACAUCAACAGGACAUCUAGUCAAGGAUCAGAAAUGGUGGAAUCAGACCAGUUUCCUCCAAAGGCCUCUGUAGCUGUUCCAAGUUCUGUGAAAAAUCUGAAGGAAGCAGAAUCAUGUUCCAAAAGUGAGCAAGUGGAGACAAAAGAGGUUACAACCUUGUUUCUGAGCACGUGUGUGGAUGGCCUGUGUGAUGGGCAGCAGAGAGAGCAGGAGGACACAGGCUCACUCUUGACAGAGUUUAAGGACAUUCUGUCUUUGGACAUCUCCACUGCUCAGACUAACCAUUGCUUCAGCCUGACCUACUCCACUGCGAAAGAUGACGACUCCCUGCAGGAGUCACUCCAGUGCUCCCCAUAUGGCCAGGCCUACCUGAACAGCCUCCGCCCUGUCAGCAAGAGCGAGGGGGAGGCUCCGUCACCAAUGGAUGCUCCAAGAACAAGGCUGCUGGACGAUUCGCUGGCCUAUGACACAAUGAAGUACACGCUUGUGGUUGACGAGAAAGCCACACUGGAGUUGGUGAGCCUGCGGAGAUGCACGUCCGUCUUGAGUGAUGACUCCGACCUCUCCACACUCUGUGAGGACGACUGCCCCAUCAGUGGAGAUCCAGAGCUCUGUGGCACCCCUGAGGACACCUCCCCAGAGGAAGAUCUGCCAUUCUCCAAGAAGUUCCUCAAUGUCUUCGUCAACAACACCUCACGGUCCAGCAGUACCGAGUCCUUUGCCGUCUUCUCCUGUACCAUCAACGGAAAGGAAAGGGAGCAGACACACCGGGCUGUCUUCAGGUUCAUCCCCAGGCAUGCGGACGAACUGGAGCUGGACAUAGACGAUCCCUUGUUUGUGGAGGAAGAGGAGGAUGACCACUGGUACAGGGGCUACAACAUGCGUACAGGCGAGAGGGGGGUCUUCCCUGCCUACUACGCCCAUCAGGUCGUGGGCCACGUGAGGGAGGCGCUGGGGCUGAAGAGGAACACGGCCUGGGUAGAGAGCUUCUGCGUACAGUUCCUUGGAUCAGUGGAGGUGCCCUAUCACCAAGGCAACGGGAUUCUGUGCGCAGCCAUGCAGAAGAUUGCCACCACGCGCUGGCGGACAGUGCACCUCCGGCCCCCCGCGCUCUGCGAGCUGGAGGUCAGCCUGCAGGGCAUUAAGCUGGUGAUGAGUCUGGAGGACGACUACGGCCUGCUGGACGAGUUUGACAGGUGCAGUCACUCCUUCCAAAUGAAGAACAUCUCCUUUUGUGGCUGCCACCCCAAGAACAACUGCUACUUUGGCUUCAUCACAAAGCACCCCGUGCUGAAGCGCUUUGCCUGCCACGUCUUCGUGUCCCAGGAGUCCAUGCGGAAGGUGGCCGAGACCGUAGGACGAGCCUUCCAGGAGUACUCCCAGGAACACCUGCAGUACGCUUGUCCCACAGAAGAUAUCUACCUGGAGUAGGGGAUACCCACAUUUCAGCCUGCUCACCAAUUAUGUAUGUUCCUCAUAUGUUCCACAAGGGGGCACUCAGUGCCCAUUCUCUGAUGUAAAAUAUCUUUUUCUCAGAGCAGAAGCGCAGAAGUCCUAAAUGACGAGCACAGCUUUGGGGAAAAUUUUUGUUUGUUUUUUUCUACUAUACAGUAUUUGACACUGAGCAGCCAAGAAAUGCGUUUCGGAAAAGAAAUCUCAUUUUCUCCUAUGUGAAAAAGUACAAAGAAUGCCUGACGUCCAUGCAUGACUUCAGCCGUAAUGCAUACACACAGGAUAGACAUACACACACAGUAAAUGCUGUCAUUGUUAUCAACAUACUCUGUUGUAUAGAUUCUGGGGUUGGGAUGAGCCGUGUGUAAAUAUAAAUUAGGUAAAUGUCAAAGAAAUGUGGGUUUUAUUUCUACUGAAACAGAAUUUUGUUGAGCUAGAGAGUUUAUGCAGCAGAAAUGCACUCAGCUGCAGUUACGCCACAAAACCUGGAAAGUCAAAAGUUGCAUAUAAGAACUUAGUGUAAAUAAAUGUAUAAAGAGAGCAGAAUUAGACGAGUCCUUAAAUAAUGAAAGCAGUGAACGUCCCAGACUCACACACAGUUGUUAAGGUAUUUUCAUCUUGCGAAUUCCGCGGGGAGUACAGGCCUGGGUGUGAACGGGCCAUCAGUCAGAGUCUGGCCGCUGUACGCCGGCUGCCACACAAGGGCCCAGAAACCGCAACGGUGUCAGUGUGAGCAGCAGCAGUGAGGCGGUGCUGCCAGAAGAGGGCGCUUCUCCAGCUGACUCCACUGGAGCAGAAGGAGGCUGCUGAAGUCCUGAAUGCUUCCGGAAGCAGAGCGGGCUGCAGAGCGUAUUUUAUACUUAAAAAAUGUUAUUUAGCAAAUAUGUACAGCUGAGUAUUUUACUGGAGCGAUUCAGCUUAGCUUCUUGCCCUGAUUAUAAGCCCGACCCUUAGUCACGUUGGCGUCCAUACUAUUGAGCUAUUACACUGUAGCGGGUGCAGGCAGGACUGUCACUGGUAUGCCUGAAACAUUGACUUUUUAAAACAAUUCUCUAAGAAUAAUAUAAGCAGGAAGAAUUGGUUUUGCUAGUCUGGCUCUGCAUUGAUGGGGGUGUGGCGGCUUGGCUCCUGCUCACAGACACAGGGCUUUCUCUGACCCCAAAGAUCAGAUCGCCUUUUUUCCUGUGGAUUGUUGCCGGGGAUUCUGGGAUAUCAGCUUUUGAUAGCUGUUUCUUUGCGUGGGAGAUGAGACAGAACCCUUCUGAAGCUGCGACUUGCUGUUCUGUUACCGCAUUGCCACCUGUAACCGUGAGGUGACUUACUGCCCAAAUCCAUACUUCAGUCAAGCAAAAGAAUAAAAGCUAAAGAAAGGCGACAAUAGGGGCGCAGAGGUCAGCACUGUUGGUCGCACACCUCUGGGACCAGGGUUUGAGUUCCUGCCCAGGUUCCAUCUGCGUGGAGUUUGCAUGUGCCGUCCAAAAACAUGCUUAGUUGGAGUUAUCAAAUCGCCCAUAGGUGUGCUUGUGUGAGCGAAUGGUAUGUGAGGGACUCUGGGUUGUUCCUGGGUUGUUCCCUGCCUUGUACCUGUAGCCUCCAUGAUAGGUUCCAGACCCCCGUGACCCAGAAUAGGACUAGUGGGUACAGACAAUAGAUGGUGGGGAGGGGUCAGUGCAAUGGCUUAGAGACAAGUAUGGCUGAAGGAGCAUGUUGUCAGGAAGAAGACAGUGAAAACAAAACUGCAUGUUAUGUACUUCUUAAGGAUGCUGUUUUGGUUAAUGGAGUUUUCCAAAUUAAAUACGUACUGCAGAAUUCCUGGUCCUGGAAGCCAUAAUGACUGUUCAGCAUUAUCUAUCAUCUGCUGCUUCAGGAGGACUGGGCCUUAGCCGUGCUUGGGAUGCUUACUGCAAACCUACCUGAGCGGAAAGCGGCCAGCGUCCUGAAAGCUUGUCGUCAUGCCUUCUGCUCCAGCAUUUAGAUUCUAUGGACACGUUUGAAUUAAGAGUUCAUUCAGGCAUUUCGGUUAUGUGCUUGUAGCUAGCCAUGUCAAAAUACGCUUGCGGACUUGUGAUAAAGGUAAAAAUGUGUGUACUGUUUUUAAAACAUGGUGUACACUGGUUUUUCUGAUAUUGCUCGGUGUGUAUAUCUGAGGUCAGCGGAAGAAAAUUAGGCGAGAUUCACAGAGGGACUCUGCACCAAAACACAUCAUUCCAAGAUAACCAAGUCACUUAUUUUCAUAUGCCUAUGGUACACCUUUAAUAUAAGACGAUAUGACAGCGAUAACGUGCCUUUUAAUUCUUUCUGGUGUUUUGUGGGUUUUCCCUAAAGAAAAUUGGUUGGGGGCAAACUUGUCCUGUCACAUUCUGUUGUGUCUUGCUUUUGAUUGUUCUUCGUGGCCGUGCUCAUCCUGCACCUCUUCCAGCGUCCUCUGCCUUCUGUCUAGCUGAGCAAAUGCACAGAUCCAGUCCCAGAGUGACCCUGUAAGGGAAAAAGACACCCAGACCGCAGAAGGAAGUUUCCUGUCAGUGUAGUAACAUACACUUCACUCGAUUUGUGAUAUUGCUAAAUUAAAAAAAUAUAUAUUUAAGGUGAGGGUUAAAAAUGUGCACUGUGGCAGACGAAAUCAUCGUCCACUAUCCCGCUUAGUUCUGUUUGUUAUAAAAAUUGAAAAAUGCAUCAGCAUCCAUAGAUGCGGGAACCGCCAGCAGCCUGCAGUUCUUUCUCCCCGUCUCCUUUUCAUCCGUUUCACUUCUGCUUCAUACUGGGAUGCUGCCUGAAUCCUGACCCAAGGAUCGACAGCAUUUAGAUUCACUGGCUGCGUCUGCUGUCGGCUGGCUUAAUGCUAAAGCUGUAUAGAAUAUGCUGAUUUGCACUGCAGAGGCGAUUAACCUGCAUUUAGCACCAAGCCGACAGGCUGCCAAGGUGGCUGCCUAAUGCCGAUAGGCCAUCGGGGUGGCUUCCUCGUGCUGAUAGGCCAUCGGGGUGGCUGCCUCGUGCCGAUAGGCCAUCGGGGUGGCUGCCUCGUGCCAGCAGUCCUACGGGGAGGUUGCCUCAUGUUGAUAAGCCACCAUAGGGGCUGCCUCGUGUUGACAGGCCACCAUAGGGGCUGCUUCAUGUUAACAGGCUGCCGGGGUGGCUGCCUUGUGCCAGUAGGCCGCAAGAGGGGCUUCCUCAUGCCGACAGGCCUCCGGAGUGGCUGCCUUGUGCUAAUCAGGCCGCAAGCCUCACCUCGCCCACUGUACCCCCUGUUUGAUCUCCAGUAGACACUCCUGUAGCCAUGAAUGUCCUGACUUUAGCGUCUACGCAGCCUAGCAGAUGACUCAUGUAUAGCUGUGUAGAAACAAACCUAUUUAAAGCUGAACCUUUGUACAGAUAUCUUUCAUAUGAUAGGAAGGCCUGUUGCAUCCCGCUCUGGUAUGUUAUUCAGAAAUGUGUCCUUUUGCUUUGUAUCCCUGUGUAUUUAUUGCUCCUGCCAUCAUUUCAGUGCAAGAAAGGUCCCCAGAAUGUUCCCACCUGAAAUGGCUGGUCCUUGCUAACCCCUCUGCUCCUGGUAGAUGCCACCAGCUCUCGCAGGUAUAAUCCCUAAGCGCGUGACUCUGGUCCUCGGCCGCAGACUCCUAACUGUAUUGACCCAAAACAUCAGUAUGUGUCCAACUUGUAUCUCUACAAUAAAGACUUUCUGACUUUA